CGUUUCUAAUUUAAAUCGCGAGGGAAUUGAAAACAAAAAGAGCAAAAGCAAAAGCAAAAGUUUUCUCGUUUCUCAGAUCAUCAAAUUCGAAACCCUAAAUUUUCUUUUGGUUUAUUUUUGAUAUCACAUAUAUUUUUUUUCUCGUUCGCAAUGGGGAUAUGGGAUGCUUUUCUCAAUUGGCUACGAAGUCUCUUUUUCAAGCAAGAAAUGGAGCUGUCUUUGAUAGGCCUUCAGAAUGCUGGAAAAACAUCACUUGUAAAUGUUAUUGCAACUGGUGGAUAUAGUGAAGACAUGAUCCCAACGGUAGGAUUUAAUAUGAAGAAGGUAACUAAAGGAAAUGUCACAAUAAAGUUGUGGGAUCUUGGAGGUCAACCGAGGUUUCGCAGCAUGUGGGAGAGAUACUGCCGUGCAGUUUCUGCUAUCGUAUAUGUUGUGGAUGCUGCUGAUUACGAUAAUGUGCCUGUAUCAAGAAGUGAACUACAUGACCUGUUGAGUAAGCCAUCACUUAAUGGCAUUCCUUUGCUGGUACUUGGUAACAAGAUUGACAAACAAGGAGCUUUGUCUAAAGAGGGUCUGACAGAGCAAUUGGGGCUGAAGGACAUUACUGAUAGAGAAGUUUGUUGCUUUAUGAUUUCAUGCAAGAAUUCUUCCAACAUUGAUUCAGUCAUUGAUUGGCUUGUAAAGCAUUCAAAAUCAAUGAAUUGAUUCUCAGCUCCUGUACAUUUCAAUCUGUCAUUCAUGAAUACUGGAGACUGGAUGAAGCAAAUGGAAGUCACUUCUGCUGUUUUGUCUAACAGGGGUUAUUGAUCAGUCUGAUUAUCAUCUUUUUCUACUUGGCUUCAGUUACAUUAUUUAUUGUGUUGGUUAACAUCUUGGGUUUUGCUGCAGAGUUGUCUUGAUGUUGGAACACGGUGAUUUUUAUUUCUUGUAUAUAUUUUGAUUGGUGUGUAUUUUAAUGUAAACAUUGAAUUUUUUUUGUGCGCUUUUGAAUGGAAUAGUGGCUUAAUGUAUUCAGCUCUGGACGAA